AUGUCUUCCACUGAACGCACAUCCUCUUCACUCCUCUCCAUCUUUCUUGCCACACUUCUCACCCCUUCCUCCGCCACAAACCGCCACGUCAUCACUUUCCGAUCCCCUGGCCUCUACCCGGAGGGACUAACCUGGGAUCCAUCGGGCCACCACUUCCUAGUCGGCUCUCUCCACAGCCGCAAAAUCCACUCCAUCUCCCCCGCCGGCGUCGUACAAACAAUAAUCUCCGAUCCUUAUCUACCGGAAAACGCCACAAUCCUAGGCCUCGCCGUUGACUCGAAUAACCGCCGUCUCCUCGCGGGAAUCCAUUGCGCGCCGCCUCUCCCUCCAUGCAGUGCCCUAGCCGCCUACGAUCUCCGUACCGGAAGUCGUCGAAUCUUCCUCUCUCCUCUACCGUCUCUCCCCGGAGACGACACCGUCGCCGAUAUCGCGAAUGACGUGGCGGUCGAUCACAAGGGCAACGCUUACGUCACCAACUCGGCCAGAAACUUCAUAUGGAAAGUGGACCGCGACGGCGUGGCCUCGAUCUUCUCCACGUCGCCGUUGUUCAACUCGCAUCCCGUGGCGGCAGACGCGGACGCGAGUUUCCGCGAUUGCGGUUUGAACGGGAUCGUGUACAACUGUGAAGGUUACCUCUUGGUGGUGCAGAGCAACACGGGGAAGAUGUUUAAGGUUGAUGAAGAGAGUGGGACCGCGAGGGUUGUGUUGAUGAAUAGAGAUUUGGUCGCGGCGGAUGGGAUGGCGGCGAGGAGGAGGAGAGACGGGGGUGUUGUGGUGGUGUCGCGGGAGAAGGUUUGGUUUCUUGAGAGCCAAGAUAGUUGGGGUGAAGGAAGGGUUUAUGAUGAAGUUGAACUUGACGUGGAGCGGUUCGCGACGGCGGUGACGGUGACGGUGGAGGGGGAGGAUAGGGUGUAUGUGUUGUAUGGGAGAGUGAUGGAGGGUAUAAUGGGAAGUUAUAAAGAUGGAGAAGUGAGGGAGUGGUUUGAGAUAGAAGAGGUUUUGUCGGAGAGAGAAGGUGGGGAUGAUGAUAAGGUUUGGGUUUAUGUGUUGGUCGGAUUUGGUUUCGGUUACUUUUGUUUUUGGAGGUUUCAGAUGAAGAAGCUUAUCACUAACAUGGACAAGAAGAUCACUUAA